CAAAGUCACAUUUGUGAACACAGAGCACAAUCAUAAGCGAGUCAUGAAUGCUUUGGCUGAUGAAAGUCAUAUAAGCAGGGAUCAUAUUCAUCUAGUUUCGAUUCCAGACGGCUUAGAACCGUUUGAGGACAGGAAUUAGCUAGGGCGGUUAUCGGAAGCAAUGCAACGAGUCAUGCCUGGGAAGUUGGAGGAGCUGAUAGAGAAGAUCAACCAAGGGGAAGGCCAAAAAAUCACUUGUGUCAUUGCUGAUCAGAUUUCCGGGUGGAUUCUUGAAGUAGCAGAGAAAAUGAAAAUCAGGAGGGUUGCCUUUUAUCCUGCUGCAGCUGCAGUCUUGGCGUUGAAACUUAGUAUACCAAAGUUAAUUCAUGAAGGAAUCAUUAACAAUGAUGGAACUGCCCCAAAAGGCCAGAUGUUUCAGUUGGCACCAAACAUGCCCAUCAUGAAAACUGAACACUUGGUGUGGUCAUGUAUUGGCGACUUAACCACUCAGAAAAUUAUAUUUCAAGCUAUGGUAAGAAACAACAAGGCUACGCUAGCCGCAGACUGGCUUCUUUGCAACUCGGCAUACGAUCUAGAACCAGCAGCAUUCACCUUGGCACCUGAGAUUUUACCAAUUGGCCCGCUCUUGGCAAGCAACAGGCUUGGGAAUUCAGCAGGCUACUUCUGGCCACAAGACUUCACUUGUUUAAAUUGGCUGGAUCAACAGCCACCCUGCUCAGUCAUCUAUGUUGCAUUUGGCAGCUUCACAGUUUUUGAUCAAACACAAUUCCAAGAAUUGGCUCUGGCUCUUGAGCUGUCCAAAAGGCCUUUCCUCUGGGUCGUGAGGCCAGACACUACUGAAAAAACAUGUAAUCUCUACCCCGAAGGAUAUCAAGAUCGAGUAGCAUCUCGCGGUUUGAUGGUGGGUUGGGCACCUCAACAAAAGGUUCUAGCUCAUCCUUCCAUUGCUUGCUUCUUAAGCCACUGUGGUUGGAACUCUACAAUAGAAGGUAUAAGCAAUGGGGUUCCUUUCCUGUGCUGGCCAUACUUUGCGGACCAGCUCUUUAAUGAGAGCUACAUUUGUGAUGUUUGGAAGGUGGGGUUGAAGUUCAACAAGAAUGAAAGUGGGAUCAUUACACAAGGAGAACUCAUGAACAAAUUGGACCAACUGCUUGGUGAUGUAGGUUUCAAAGCAAGAGCUUCCAAACUCAAGGAAUUGGCCAUGACCAGUGUCAAAGAAGGUGGCCAAUCUAACAAGACCUUUAAGAAUUUUAUUGAAUGGAUCAAAUCGUAAGCAAGCAAGUUGCCUAUCAUUUGGUUUCGUCUACUCGAAAUUCAAGUUUUUUUUUAGUUUUUUUUUUUUAAUACAAGUCUUAUUAGGGAAGGGGGAAUCGAACCUAGGACAUUGAGUGCAAAGUUAAUUACUACUACUACUUGAGCUACAA